AUGUUCGAAAUUAAAUAUAUGUUUGUCAUACAACCCAGGAGCAUGUCCGUUGUUGCCAAUUACGUCGCGCCACCUCUUCUCAUUGUCCCAUCUUUGCUGGUCCUCUAUCAAUCGCGCCCGUCGAUCGCUGGAACGUCGGCUUUCUUGAAGGGAUCGCUGGCACUGACAGCGUCCAUAGCUCUUCAGAUCCGUUUUAUCCGGAGAUGCGCCUUGGGGGGUAGAGCUUCCAACCUUCAGGGUGUCUUUGCGAUGGUAUAUCCAGUGUUUGUUGUCCUGUCAAUGAUGCUGAGCCUCAUCCACUUAAAAACUGGCGGAGGACCUUCGAAGCUUGGGGUAGCGGUGGGCAGCCCCGUGUAUCAAUACAGAAUCAGCGACGUGGUCGAUCGGGUGAGAAAAAUUGUGGGUAAAAGAACAACCUCGGAUGAUUUUAGAGAACGCUGA